GGAUAUGGCGCGGCGCAAGGACAAGCCGCGCUUGAUUCCCGAGCAGGACAAGCGCAUCUGUCGCGCCAUCUGCCUCUGCCAGCUCACGAUGGUGCUAUCCUGUGUGUCCAUCGUCUACCUGAGUGUGGCCAUCUACUCGCCCUCCCUCAAGGCCUUCAAAUCGGGCUUCGAACAUGAUCCAGUCAUGUGCCAGACGGUGGACCGGCAGAUGCCCAACAACUGCCCCUGGGCGUCCUGCGGCGAGUGGUGUCUGACCAGGACCAGUGGCUUCUGUCCCCAAAUCCACUCGAUAGUGCGUCGCAAUGGUACGGAUAUUCAGCUGAACAAUUGCACUCGGAUAACCAACACAUCCUGUGCUAUGAUUGAUUUGAAUCGCCUCAACAAGUUCAACUGCAACAACGGCACCGCCUGCAACAACAUUCGCGGCGUGUUCAACUGUUCGAAUGGACACUGCAAGAAUAUGUCGGAGUUCUUCCUGUGCCACCACAAGGCCGAUGGGCACACCAUAAACUCACAGAAGGACAACACCAAGCUGAACGGAUUCUUCGAGUGCCACGGAGUCCACUGCACCAAGAUCAAGAAGCCCUUCUCCUGCGAUCGCUACUGCUCCAAGAUAACCACCGCGAAUGUGAACACCUUAAUCAUGCAUGAGGACAACGUCAUCGCCGCGGAUUGCGAGAGUGCAGUGGCCUUCAACCAGGCCCGUGGGUCCGAGCAUGGAGUGCGCAUUGAACCCACAGAGUUCUGGAAGGAGGACGAUGGCAACCUGUUGACUAACUGCGCCACAGUGACCCGAGAAUCCGACAACCGCAUCACUGCCACAGACUGCCUGAAUGGAACUCUCCUGGAGCACGAUACUUUGCCAGCUCCAUUCAUGAACUUCACCCAGUUCUGGGCGAUCUACGAGAAUAGCACUAGGUCGGUGGAUCCCGAGCAGCGGUAUUUGCCCAACCAGGCCAAUCUGACCAUCUACAACUGGAAGAAACUGUACAUCAACCUGGAGGGAUGUGUCAACACUCUACGCGGGGAGUGCAAGGACUUUGUGGCUCGCUAUGGCAACGACGGGGACAACAACACCGCCCAGUCACGCUACCAGUGCUACUACAACAAGGACUCGAAUGUGGAGUUUGUGGUGGCACGCUACGAUUUGGACAAGGUCUACAGGGAGCUGUUAGUGUCCCUGAUUGUGCCCAUAGUGCUGUUUGUGGUUUCCUCCAUCUCGCUCUGCAUCAUCACCAAGUCCGUGAAGGUGGGCGACGAUGCCAAGAUGCGAUGUGUGUGUGCUGGCGAGGAUUCGGACAACGAUCAGGGCUUUGGAGCUGCCAUGGCCAACAAGCAGCCAGACACCAUGUACGACACGGACGACGAUGUGGUCGAUCUGGAGCACCAGGCACUGAGUGGACCAGAACUACAGGAUAUUGCCUCGCCCUUGGAUAGCCACGAAAUGAUUGGCAGCACCAAGUCGCUGAUACCACUGAGUCCUGCCGGAGACUCGGGAAACAGUGAGCAGAACUUUGACCAGGAGCAGGAAAAGGCCGCCAAGUGCGACGUACCCGAGAAGCCACUAGUCAUACUUUAAACGGAUUACCCAUUGGAGUUUGCAAGGCAAGCAGCGGAGGAUAUCCUAUACAAGAGAAACAGCACCAAACUUUAAGGACCUGUGCAUUGUACAAGGGGAACUGAAUUUAAAUUCUACUCAGUGCAUUUAUACAAACGUUUACACCAACUAGCAAGGAAUUGGAAGGAAAGGUUCUUAACUUUUCGCGGCAGCACCAACACCAAGGAUAAUCACAAAACGCAACGACCAAGUUAAGUGGCCGCCGAAACUCCCACGAGCUUUAUUUACCCGGCCGAGCGAAGAUAUUCCCACUCUAGCAGUUCCAGCAGAUGCGCCUUAGACGAGUUGCAUUUAUAUAGACUAUAUAUAGAGCAUAAUCCUACCGACAUCUGCUGAACACUAACCAGAUCCAGGAGGGACAGACCAAGGAAGCGAGCUCCUCUCUUAGACGUAGGAUAUGUAGGCAUCCGACUCGCCUUAACUCUCGACUUUGUAGCUAUGCAAUAUUCAAACAUUUUUCUUAAACUAGUCUAGCCGGAGGAGCCACAGUACCUACAUAUAUCUGAUAUACUUAUACAUACUCGAAUAGCAAAUAAACUCCAUUUGGAAUUCUCUCUAU